AUAACCAGGCUCAAAGUCUCAAGCCUCAAACUACUAAUAGAACACUGUCCAAGGGGUCCCUUGAUACUGAUGUGGAUUCUCCUUAUUUGCUUAACCCUUUUGAGUUGUUCCUUUCACUUUUCUGCUGCAUUCUGCACUCUGAACCCUCUCUCUCUCUCUAUCUACUCUUGCUCCAUGCCAAGCACAUCUUCCAAUUUCUGUACCUCUCUUCUCCUCUUUCUUCAGGCUAUACGCCAUGAGAAGAAAACCACUCCACACUAGAGAAUAAGUAAAAGCCAUCUUCUUUUUUCAUCUUUUCUUUUAUUGCUUCUCUCUCUCUUGGUUGGUUUCUCCACACACAAGUUGUUAAAGUUUCUUCAGAGGACUACUGGCAUUCGGAUCUCACUUAACUUACAUUAAAUUUUGCCACCUCUUUUAGAUGGGGAAUGACUUCAAGGAGUGACAUGAUAUGCAUUCAUGGCUUCACUUAAUUCCUAUCAGUACUACACAACUACCUCCUUGCUUAUCAUACUUUUGCUCCAUAAUUUUCUCUCUCCAGCUUCUACCUCCAAUCAGCCACAGCCUGAAAUUUCUUCUAGGGAACUGUUAUUUGAGGAGAAAAACAGGUUAGGUUCAAUUCCUCCUAGCUGUCACAACAAGUGCAAUGAUUGUCAUCCAUGCAUGGCAGUUCAAGUGCCAACUUUGCCUAGCCAUGACUCUAACCCUUCAGAUCUUACAAAAAGUGCUGCUGCCAUGGCAAGUUUUCUUAACCCUUCUUCUCCCCAAGGGAACAGGUACUCCAAUUACAAGCCAUUGGGGUGGAAGUGCCACUGUGGUGACCACUUCUUCAACCCUUAGAAAAUUGUACACAUGCUCUCACUUGAUUGAUUUGUAAAAUGGAAAUUGUCCCUUAAUUUUAUUUUUUUUUGUUAUUGUUAAAAAUUAAUAUUUGUGGUUUAGGGGCGAACUAGCUAGGGUAACAGAUUAGAUAUGCGUCACUUGCGUCAGCAUGGAUCGUAUACAUUGGAGUUUGAUACACUUGUACAGAGUUUGUUACAGACCUCAAUAUUCCAGCUAUAUUAAUAUUAUGUUAGGGUCUAAAUUUUGAGAGAGUUUCCCCUUUGCUAUUUUAAUUUGUUUGUGUUUAUUAAUUAAUUGCUAAUUUUGUGUCU